CAGGAGGGCAGGCUCAGGUUGUUAGCCAAAGUGGGGCCAUCGUCAUGUAGAUCUUGACCUCGAUUCUCGAACCACUUCGUUCAGGUCGGUUCUUCCCGCACCCUAUUGCCACGUGUCCCUCACGCGUAAUAAAACUAUACAAAAAACUACGUACUCCGAGGCGGCGUUUCGCUUCGUCCCUAGUCGAAAUUCGAAAGCUUAGCGACAAAGAAAUAAAAAAAGAAAACAGAGAAAAAAAAAGAGAGAGAAUUCGGAAAAAAAGGGUUUUUUUGAUUCUUCGCGAUUGAUUUGUCGUUCGGAUGCUUUGAAGAAGAAGAUUUUAAUCAGUGGUUGAUUCUGCGCAAAAAUCGAGCUCUUCAGAGGAGGUAAGAUAAUGGCGACUGCAACAGUGGCAACGACAGCAGGUGCAGCUGCCCUCUUGUACUACACAUUGAACCGUAAAUUACAAUCAAGUAGGUCCCGUGGAGAAGAUGAAGAAAACGACAGUAGUGUACCCAACCAUGCCCGCUUAGGAAUCGACCGCGUUUCGCAUAGGUUGAUUCAGGCCCCGGCAACGUGGUUGGAGACGAUUUCGACCUUGUCAGAGACACUGAGGUUUACUUAUUCUGAGACUUUAGGGAAGUGGCCUAUUGGGGACUUGGCAUUUGGGAUCAGCUUUCUUCUAAAGAGGCAGGGGCAUUUACAUGUUGGCAGUGUCUUUGGUGGUAAAGACAGUGAACAGCUGAAGGGUCCCGAAAUAAUUGCUGAACUCAGCUACCUUUUGAACUUGUUGACACUUUGUUGGCACUUCUCGAAAAAACCAUUUCCUUUGUUUUUAGAGGAGAUUGGUUAUUCUGAAGAAAAUGUUCUCCUUCAAGAACCCAAAGCAGGAAUUUUGAAGCCAGCUUUUACAAUUCUCGUUGAUCACAAUGAUAAAUGUUUUCUCUUGCUAAUUCGUGGGACACAUAGUAUCAAGGAUACUCUUACAGCUGCUACCGGGGCUGUGGUCCCAUUCCAUCACAGUAUUGUACGUGAGGGUGGAGUUGCCAAUUUGGUUUUGGGUUAUGCGCAUUGCGGAAUGGUUGCGGCUGCUCGGUGGAUUGCCAAACUUGCAACUCCUUGUAUCAUUAAAGCACUUGAUCAAAAUCCUAGUUACAAACUAAAGAUUGUUGGGCAUUCUUUGGGUGGAGGUACGGCAGCACUUCUAACUUAUAUACUGCGAGAGAAGAAAGAACUCGCAACAGCUACAUGUGUAACAUUUGCUCCAGCUGCGUGUAUGACGUGGGACUUGGCUGAAUCAGGCAGUGAUGUCAUCACUUCCGUUAUAAAUGGAGCUGAUUUAGUCCCUACUUUCUCAGCUGCCUCAGUGGAUGAUUUGCGUGCUGAGGUCACAGCUUCUGCUUGGAUAAAUGAUCUAAGGAAUCAGAUUGAGCGUACAAGGAUUCUUAGUACCGUCUAUCGUUCUGCUUCAGCUUUAGGUUCACGUCUUCCAUCGAUUGCCACUGCAAAAGCAAAAGUUGCUGGAGCAGGGGCAAUUUUGCGUCCAGUUUCCAGUGGCACACAGGUGGUUAUGAGAAGAGCCCAGAGCAUGGCUCAAGCAGCGUGGAGACGUCCAUCCCUUCAAUUGGCAUCAUGGUCUUGCAUUGGUCCUCGUCACCGAGCCACAGCUUCUCAUUCAAACUCAUACGAAGAGAGCUCCCCUAGAUCUGCAACUAAGACAGAGGCUCGUGAACCUUUUCUUGCAUCUCCCAACAAGACUAUAACUACAACUUCCGCUGAAAAUGUUGAACUUCCUGCAUCUACAUCCGGGGGAAUGGAAUGGACUUCAGAAAUUGAGUGCUCUUGUACUGAUGAAAUAGUUCCGGAAGUUGAUGAGGAUGCUGAAAUCAGUGAGGGUGAGGACCUCAUGGGCCAUAAUAGACACGAAGAUCGCAUGACUGAAGUUGAGUUGUGGCAGCAACUUGAGCAGGAGCUUUACGAAAGAACUGAAGGAGAGGACGUUGAUGUGGCCAAGGAAAUAAGAGAAGAAGAAGCAGCAGCCAUGGCUGAAGUAAGUGAUGGUGAGGCAGAGAGUUCUGGUUCCGAAAUGAAGGAAGCGCACAGAUUUUUCCCUGCUGGGAAGAUCAUGCAUAUGGUUUUGCUUCCUUCUGAUAAUGACGAUGCAGAUCGUGAAUCUGGUGAUAGCCCAACCGCCAGUAGCUCGAGUAAUGGGCAGCGGGACGAGGCUAGGAUUGGCAUCUUCCUCACCCCAAGGUCGCUUUACAGUAAAUUACGGUUGUCGCAAACCAUGAUUAGUGAUCAUUUCAUGCCUGUCUACAGAAGACAAAUUGAAAAGAUAAUUAAAGAACUCGAAAAAGAAGAAGCUUCCAUGGGAGAGGUGGUGUUAUAGUGAGCGAACUGUUUAUGAAAUACUUGUAUAUAAGAACCCAAAAACCAAAAAGGGAAAAAAAAAAAAAAAAAACUGUUUUUGCAGUGUGGUAGCGUGGCAACUAAAGGCCACCAGAGUUUAUUGCUUUCACUUAGAAUCAGAGAAUAUAGAAUUUGUCUGUUCACUUAUUCCUUUCAACUGUAACAGUUUUUGAUUUCCUAUCCGCUGUAAACUACUUGGGUGUUAGUAUUGAUUAAUUCAUUCUUUUGAAUGAAUUUCCUUUUUGAUUAA